CCACAUUAUUCGGUAACUUGUCGACCUGUUGGUUUUGUGCUGCACUGUCCCCGCUGGGCAACGCCGGGCGGAUCCCGAGGCUGUCCGAGCUACACAUCUGCCAGCUCCUCCAUCAGCGUUCGUCCGUCCUAUCGGAGGCCAUUCUCUCGGCUGCUUUUGCCACUGAAAUGCCGGGGAUUAACUCCGGCCUAAGGGAGUGACUGCUUCAGGAGUCAGUGUGGGGACUUGAACAAUAAGAAAGAUAGAAAUACCAUAAUCUUUAAAGAAAUGCGUAAUUGGAUAUUUGGGUAUCUGUCAACUUUGGCGGUUUUAAGGGCUGUCAGCCUGGUGUUAGCAUUACGGUGCUAAGAGUUAGGAGGCGGCCGGGCGGCACUGAAGCUAAGACGUGGCAUUUAGCGUUGUCGCUCGGAAACAUGACAACUUGCCCCCCGUCGCCAAAUUAAUGCUUUUUUUGCCCAGUAUAUUCCGCUGGCAAUGGGAACGGCUCUGUGUGUAUCAGGGGACACCUCUCCGUCUGCGUAACGAAGGAUGACAGUCCCGGCUGACAACGCCACCCCGAUGGCUGACCAGAUAAAGCCCAGGAUAUUCGCAUUACUUUCUAGGUUGGCGUAGAAAGCAUAUUCUUUUGUUUUUCUACGGCCGUUGUUUCUGCCGCGGCCAAAGCCGUACCUUGUUGACCGGGCUAAGCCGAAAUGAUCUGACUUUGGAACCGAGACCGCCUUAUGUAUUACUGACCGCUUCGCGGAAACCGUACCUCGUCGAGUCUCACAGUUUCUGUCGUUUUUAAAGGCCCAGCUUCCUUGUUAGUGUGGAAUGCAAACUUAGGAAUUUGUCCAUGUCGGUCCUUCUUACAGUUUGUGUUCCCCAUGACAGCUGUCGCAACCCCGUCUGGCACAUUGAACUUUACCGGUAUCCGGUUUGGACGCGGCUUGUGGGCUGUCAUCGCGCCCAAGGGGCGUCUCUGGCACCCUUUUCUCUUCUGCUGGCUGAUUUUUUUUUCUUUCUUGAGGUGUGAGAAAUACAGACAAGUUCAAAUCAAGCACAUUAGUAUUGCACUUGUGACAACCGUGGACGUUGUCGUGAUUUAAAUCCUACUCCGUGUAGGAUGAGACAGUCCUCAUAGUCAGUACAUGCCAUCGUUUUAAUGAAACUACAAACAUCCGUUUUAUACGUUUCGUUACUUUCCGCCGUCCUUUACGUAUAAUGCUGAAGGAGUUUCAGCAAAAGAGCACACCUCCAACUGGGGGUGCGGGGGCUAAGAAGAAGAGGAAGGUGAAGGGAGGGGCUGACACACCCACCGAGGAGAGGAGGUCCCCUGACAGCAUUCAGAACCUUCUCAAAGUUCUGGUGUCUGAUCAUACUCUGACUAAUGGGGUCACUCUUCCUCCAUUUAUUAACAGCCAGGCUCUGAGCGAUGGGGGCGGCUGGGGGUCCCCGGACAUCCCGGCCACGGAGGGCCUGCACAGGGAGCCUGCCUACAGCUUGCCCACCCCUAACUUCGCUAACGCCGCUAAUUCUGAGUGUACCGGCAGCAGUGCCGUGACCCAGGUCUCCAACCCUGAUGCAGACCACACUGAAAACUCAUCGGAGGAGCCCAGGCCGCUGUCCUCCACGGAAAGCCUGCGGCAGCUCUCUCAGCAGCUCAACGGCCUACUGUCCGAGUCCCAGUCAUCAUAUGUGAAUGGCGACAGUGCCGUAUCACCCCCCAAUGAAAAAGAACUGGAGGCUCAAAACCAGGAGCUGGCAGCCGCCCUCAACUCCAGCCAUCUAACAAACAACCAGCUCAGUGCAAAGCUAGACCAGUUGACGCAACAGACUCAGGAAUUGACAGACCAACUUCAGAAGGAGCGCAAAGAGUUUGAGCAGAAGUUUGUGAAGGAGCAGGGAGCCAUGAGAGAGCAGCUGCAGGUCCACAUUCAGACCAUCGGCAUCCUGGUGUCAGAGAAGUCAGAGCUGCAGACAGCCCUAUCCUACACCCAGCAGGCUGCCAGGCAAAGGACAGGGGAAGCCGAGGAGCUGGGCUCCCGCCUGCAGGCCAGCAAGCAGAGGAUCUCGGAGCUGGAAAGGACGCUCUCGUCCGUGUCCACGCAGCAGAAGCAGUUUGAGAAGCAUAACAAAGAGCUUGAAAAAGAGAGAGACAACCUCAGACUUGAAGUCUACAGACUCGGUCAGGCGAGCGAAGAGGCCAAUCAGAGGAGCUCGGAACUGGCUGAGCAGCUGAAGCUGAAGGUGAACGAGAACUCGGCCAUGCAGCUUAACCUGGAGGACCUGCGCAAGAGACUAGAGAUGGCCGACCUCAUGAUCCAGCAGUUCUCCAGCCAGUCUGGUCCUCCUAGUGCCGACCAGCAGGUGGCGAUGCUUCUGGAGGAGAAGCUGCAGAUGGAGGCUCAUUCAGCACAGCUGCAGGAGUCCAUUGCACAACUGCAGAGGGAGAGGGACCAGUAUGUCGCACAGAUCCAGCAGGAGGCGCUGGUAUGGAAGGAGAAGACAGAGCAGCUGCUGUCCCAGGUGACCCUGUUGUCCAAAGAGAGAGAUGGUUUUGUGGAGCAGGUCCGGGAGCUGGAGGCCCAGAUGACAGAGCUGAAGAACAGUGCAGCGCCGUUGACCCAAGAAGUAGAACCCCAGGCUCCUGCCCAGCCGGUGGGUCUCUCAGAGAGCGAGAUAGCCCUCCAGGAGUCCCUGGGCACCAUGCAGCAGGAGAAGGAGGCCCUCAGUCUGCAGUAUCAAGCCCAGGUCCGAGACAAUGAGCAGCUGAGCCGGCUGUGUCAGGAGCAGGAGACCCGGCUGGCCGAGCUGGAGCGCGAGGGGGAGCGGCGGGCCACCGACGCGGAGGACCGGCGCCGCAUGCUGGAGGACGUGCAGAGUGACAAGGCCACACUGAGCCGGGCGCUCACCCAGAACCGCGAGCUCAAGGAGCAGCUGGCCGAGCUGCAGAACGGCUUUGUCAAGCUGACCAAUGAGAACAUGGAACUGACCAGUGGACUGCAGUCAGAGCAGCAUGUGAAGAAGGAACUGGCUCGCAAGAUGGGGCAGCUGCAGGAGGACUUGCACCAUGUCCGGGAGCAGCUUGAGGCCAAGAGCCAGGAGGCCCAGGCGGCUUUAGAGCAGCGAGACCAGUACCUGGUACACCUGCAGCAGUACACAGCCAGCUACCAGCAACUGGCUGCCGAGCGCGAGGAGGUGAACCGGCACCUCCUGCAGCAGAUGCAGCUGAUGGACAGGCUGCAGCAUGACGAGGUGCAGGGCAAGGUGCAGCUGGAGAUCAGCCACAAGCAGCUGGAGCAGGCCCAGGAGAAGCUAAACCAGCUGGUCAAAGACAACGAAGAUCUGAAGAUGGAGGUUCGGGAUCUGCUGAGCAGCACAGCGCUGGCCACAGAGACCCGCGACCAAGGCGAUGGGUUGGAAAGCCGGCCAUUUAAAGAGAGCUUCCAGACGUCCUCCAUCACCAUCCCGGAUGACUUUGACAGCCAGGAAGAGAUGGCGGCCUUCCUGCGCUCAACAGUGUCCCAGCUGGAGGGCGAGCGGGACAAGGCACUCCAGAGGAUGGAGGAAGAGCAGCGCCUGCGCCAGGCAGCCAUACACCAGGUGGCGGCACUGAGUCAAGAGCAGCAGCAGCAUCAGCAGCACAGCUCCCAUGCAAGCACAGAGGCCAGCACCGAUGGCGUGCCGGUGGAGGUGCACGAGGCGCUGCGGGCGGCCAUGGAGAAGCUGCAGCUGCGCUUCACGACCCUCAUGCAGGAGAAGGUUGACCUGAAGGAGCGGGUGGAGGAGCUGGAGCACCGCUGCAUCCAGCUGUCUGGGGAGACGGACACCAUCGGCGAGUACAUCGCCCUCUACCAGAACCAAAGAGCCGUCAUGAAGCAGAGGCACAUGGAGAAGGACCAGUACAUCAACAUGCUGGCCAAAGACAAAGAGGAGAUGAAGGCCAAGUUGGCGGAGCUGCAGGAGCUGGUGCUGCGGCUGGUGGGCGAGCGGAACGAGUGGCACAGCCGCUAUGUGGGCAUCACGGGCGACCCCGACCUGCUGCCCGACAGCACGACCACGGCCGCCCUCGGCGCCCACAGGCGUAUGGAGCUCAACGCCGUGGAUGGACCAGAGUCCAUGGACUUGAGCUCGGUGGACUUUGCGGCCGGACCCGCACUCAUGUCAGAGGUAGAUGGUCUCCAGGGGGCGAUGGAGAGUUCCGGGGCGCCUACGCUUCGCCCCCGCGAAGACGGCACCGCUCGGCAAAUCAUGCAGCUGCUGCAGGAGAUACAGAACCCCCAGGCCCGACCGGUGCCGUUCCUGGGCGAGAACCCCUGCAUCCCGUUCUUCUACCGUCCCGAUGAGCACGAUGAAGUCAAGAUCCUGGUGGUCUAAGAGCUUCCCCACUCUCUUGAAAAGGGAUGAAGUCGGGAUUCCCCCUCCCAUUCCUACUGCCUUCCUCAUCCUCCUCCUCCUAGACCCUGGAGAUGUUGCAAGCGUCCUGCUCUCAGAUCAGUUAUUUAUUCCUGCUACCGGACAGUUCCAGCGGCUGAGUCUCUGGCUAGUGACUGACAGUGAUUGGGUGAAGCAAAUGAAUUGGGGUAGGGGGUCUGAGACCCUGCCGAGCUUCAGUCCUAGUGCGUGAUUUGAGGAAUUCCCUCCCCCCCCCACUCCACCAUAACCCACACUCACACACUUUAUUAAAUCCAAUGGCAGCAGUAACGUCAUUGUGAUGUCAUCUUUGAAUUGUGUGUGUGGUCCCGCCCAGCUCCCCCUUCUGGUACUUAAAUGGGGCAGAGGGUGGCAUAGCACAUGCCUAGAGAAAGAGGUGACUUCAGCUGUGAACUAUGGACUGUGACAGAGUGCCCCCCCCCUUCAUGCACAUUUUUUUUUGUAUGUAUCCAUCUCUGUGCACAUGUACUGUUUCAAUGAAAAGCACUUUACAAUAUGGGUUCUGCUUGAUUUUGACAAUGUACCAGUUUUUAGGGAGAGCAGAGCAGAUCGGAUUAGAACUGUCUGGGGGCAUUUACUCCCUGAUAAUGUGGAUUUUAGUUUUUUUUUUUCCUCUCCAGUUGGCUUUAAGUCCAUUGUAGUUUCAUUAAAGUAUGGGGCGGAGCUGCACUGGGUUGAAGGACAGUGUGGAAUUUCAGGCCCCUCGACGAAUAGGAUUGCCUCUCACGUAUCACAGGGUGCAGGGGUCAAGUGUGAGUCCUUAUUGAAUGGUUGAAGGUCAAGCGUGAGUCCUGAUUGGUUAGAGCAUGUCAACUAAAUGGAAGAGGUGGAAGAUAUGGAGGAUAAUACUAAUGUCCAAUGAGUUAUCUAUGAGUAGGUGUAGAGGAACUGGAAUGGGUACAUGCUGGAAUGCCUGUUCUAAUGCCUUCCGAUGUGCUUGGAGAACAGAGCUUGGUAAUUGGGCUUUUCAUAUUGGCUUACUUUUGUAUAUUCUCCAAUUGGAGCUCAGAAGACUGGAUUUAUUUGUCUUGUCUGUGAUCUGGUUCAUGCCUGAAAUAUCUUCUGUUGUUUGAACGUCAGUCAUGCUGGACCAUCCGUUUUAAGCGAAGCCGCAUCACACAGGCAAAGUCUUCGGUUGGUUUUGAUGAAUCAUUAACUGGAAUCACAGACAAUGAAGAGUAGAAGCCGGAUUUGUUAAGGCAGGGUUAUGGUGCCCUUGAAAGCUGCUCUUUGGUUGUACUGAACUUAUAACGUGUCAUAGCGGAUAAGGACUGAGGUCCCAAGCUGGGAUGCUUGGUUAUGCAUCUUCUUUGAGUUAAUCUGUGCAGUAAAUGACUUCAAUCCAUUUGCCUGCGAAUUGGUGUAGCUGACCUGGGGACUGAGGAUCCUGCUCUCUGCUCUGUCAUCUCCAUUUCUAUCUAUGUUGUCUCACAAAGUGGAUUUCAGAAAUAAUGUCUGUUUAAUGUUCUGCAUCACCUUCCGGUUAACCUCAGCCGACUUUCACCCGCUAAUUCAGCUGUGGUGGGCAGAUUGGACCAGACCUACCUUCAGCAUGAUUGCUUGUCAGAAUGAGUGAGAUUAGCUUGUCUUUCCUCAGUGCGCAGUUUGAUUGGUGUUCCCUGGGAGUUAUACUCAUUUGGGUCAUCCAGCUGAUCCGAAAGCCGAACAGAUGGUAUGUUUGGACUUAACAUCACUAAACUAGUGUGGGAUGUAAUAGUCAAUCUUUGUAAUGAAGUUAGCGUAUCACCAUGCUUCCAAAGUCGGCCUUUCCUAAGUUUUGAAACUUUAUAUUAGCCAUAUACUACCUACUACCUUUUGGAGUACAUGAAUACUCUUUUUUUUUUUUUUUUUUUU